UGCUCCAGUGCCCCUGCACUAUUUCUUUCAGUUUCAGGCAGCGAACCUUCUGAGGUUUCUUUCUGCGUUUGAUCGAUUGAGUUUCUUUUGUUUCGAUUUUCGCAACCAUGGCAGAUGAAAAACAGAAAGACUUGAAGGAGGAGGUUCCCGAAAUUGCCCCAUUUGAUCCUACUAAGAAGAAGAAGAAAAAGAAAAUUACAAUCAUAGAUCCUGCUGAUGAUUCAGUGGACAGCUUGGCUGAGAAGACUGAAAACUUGUCUGUUUCGGAGGGGGUGGAGACGACAUUUUCUGGUUUAAAAAAGAAGAAGAAGAAGCCAGUUGAAACCAGUAACUUUACUGAUGAGGGAGAUGCAGCUGAAGAUUUGGAUGAUCGUGCUGGAGUGGAUGAAGGAGAAGGUGAUGCCCUGGCGCCUCGUUAUCCCUGGGAAGGUAGUGACCGUGAUUAUCAAUAUGAGGAGCUUCUUGGAAGGGUAUUUAACAUUUUACGUGAGAAUAAUCCAGAGCUGGCUGGGGAUCGUCGGAGAACAGUCAUGAGGCCUCCUCAAGUUCUUCGUGAGGGCACAAAGAAAACUGUUUUUGUGAAUUUUAUGGAUUUAUGCAAAACGAUGCAUCGACAGCCUGACCAUGUCAUGGCAUUUUUACUUGCUGAACUGGGUACAAGUGGUUCACUAGACGGACAGCAGAGAUUGGUUGUGAAGGGAAGAUUUGCGCCAAAGAACUUUGAAGGAAUUUUGCGGCGAUAUAUCAAUGAAUAUGUCAUUUGCCUUGGAUGCAAGAGCCCAGACACAAUACUUUCAAAGGAGAACCGUCUAUUCUUUCUCCGAUGUGAGAAGUGUGGAUCAGGGAGGUCAGUUGCUCCAAUUAAGGCUGGUUUUGUUGCUCGUGUUGGUCGUAGGACCGCAGGGGCAUGAUUCAGUCAUGUGUUUGCCAAGCGGGUUGAAGAAAUGAUCUUCAGUUGAAAACUUAGUUACCUCUGUAUCUCUUUUCUGAGUUUUGAGUAUUUUAAUGUAGUAACCGAAUCUUGUUUUUUCCCCCCUCUUUGGUUGAUGUGUAGGAGCCGUAUCUUUCUGCACUGUUUCCUUAAGAGUAACUGCCCCUUUUUUCAAUGAGCAUCUCAAUCUAAUUCGUAUUUUUUUAAUUCUUUUUGUUUAGAUUUUAACAAUUUUGCCUGGAGAAUGUAACCCACCAUGAAGGUGAUGAUUGAAGAUAGUGAUAAUGAAGGCCAUAAUUUAGAGACGAAUGAGAAAUACCUGUGAAAAGAAUACAUGAUCAAGUGUAAUUUGAAAA